GAAGAAAUACGGUGUGCACGGACACUCGGAAUUACCGCUGCUUGAGUUUUGUUUUGGAACGGUCCAGUUGCUUGUCGGGCGGCGCACGAGUCGAACUGUUCCCACGCGCGAUACGAUUAGCUCGACGCGGUGCAACGUAACAUGAACGGGUCGCAUUUCUAUACGCGCCGCGCCUCGCCGCGCUCGCACCGCCGAUAACAUCUGCGAAACCAAUAUUUAGGCCGGCGAUAUCGUGAUAGGGUUCGAAUUCGUGCGCGACAUUUCGCCGGCAUCGCGCGGCCAUGUGAUCGCUCCCCGACCGAUGGGAGCGAAAAUCGAACAAAAAAGCCGCCUGCUAAUGUCUACCCCUCCCGGUCGCUACAAAAAAGGGAUAAAAAGGUUAUUCCUGGAAUGCACACAUGUGGACGCCGGGUAAAAGUGGGUGCUCAUAUUGAAUCUGCAGUGUUACCACGAUGCCUCGGAGGAGCAGGUGGAUGCAUUUGGCCGCGGGGGUCGCUCUCGGCGUAACCUUCGGGAUCUUUCUCAAGUUGUGUUUAAGGACUUCAUCCAGGACGACGAUAGAGCCAUGUCCGGAAUCGGCGAAGUUAGUCGAUGCCGACCCUCUCGCCCUGAUAGGCUUGUUGCCAAACGAGACUGUUCACAACUCGAACAGAACUUUAGUGUUCGUGGGUGUUAUGACAGCUGAACAAUAUUUAGGUUCUAGAGCAAAAGCAGUGUACGAAACUUGGAGCCAGGACUUGCCUGGUCGGAUCGCGUUUUUCAGUUCGGAAGUGUCGCGUGCGCCUGGUUUACCUUUAGUUCCCUUGCGUAAUGUGGACGACAGUUAUCCUCCGCAGAAGAAGUCUUUCUUGAUGUUACUGUACAUGUACGAGAAGUAUGGGGAUAAGUUCGAGUGGUUCAUGCGUGCGGAUGAUGACGUGUAUGUGAGAGGUGAUAAGUUGGAGGAGUUUUUGCGUUCGGUGGACAGCAGGAAGCCUCAGUUUAUCGGGCAGGCCGGUCGAGGUACUAGUGAAGAGCGAGAUGCUCUGGCUCUGGACUACAAUGAGAACUUCUGUAUGGGCGGGCCGGGUGUGUUGUUCUCUCGGGAGACGUUGAAGAGGGUGGCGCCUCACGUGAAGUACUGCCUGAAGCACCUGUACACGACGCACGAGGACGUGGAGCUGGGCCGCUGUGUCGCCAAGUUUGCCGGAGUGUCGUGCACGUGGAGUUAUGACAUGCAAACGAUUCUACAUCACAACGGCAGUGGAAACUUGGCGUACACCGGCAGGUUGAAGAACAGGGAAGUACAUCGAGCCAUCACACUGCAUCCUGUGAAGGACCAUCGGCAGAUGUACAGGAUACAUUCUUAUUUUAAGAACCUUCGAAUCCAGGAGCUUCGAGAACGUUCUCUGGACCUGCACAGAGAUAUUGCAUUAGCAAUGAAAGAGCUGCAGGUUCCCGAGGAUCAGGUGGAAGACUACAAGCUGCCUGGAGACGUCCCGCUGUUUCCAGCCAAGAUUGGAGACCCUGACUAUCUGGGUGAUAAUAAGAUAUUAGGUGCUCCAAUAGACAUGAACCGCUACAAGCCAGACUCGAUAGACGACAUAGUGCCAUUUGACUUCAUCAGCAAGUCCUUAUACUCAGCCAGCCACGCCAACCCCAAGCGACGGAUCGAAGGACCACUGCGGGAGGCACUCGAUGAUGUUAUCAGAGAAGUAAUGGAGAUUAUAAACGCACCGUCCCGUCAACGAGGUCGUGUCAUCGACUUCAAUGAGCUUCUGUAUGGGUACACUCGGCUGCAGCCGCUGCACGGAGCUGAUCAUGUGCUGGACCUGCUCCUCAAGUACCGCCGCUACAGGGGACGUAAGAUGACUGCCGCUGUCAGGCGACAUGCUUACCUGCAGCAAAGUUUUACCAGUAUGGAGAUUAGAGAAAUACCAAUGGGAGAACCACCACCGUUCGAGGACCCAGAAGUACUAGAUGAAUCUGAAGUCAUCAAUAACAUCAAUCCUGUAGACUACGAUGAUUUUGAUGAGUCUCGUCAACAAGAAGGGUUCUUAGAUAAAUUGAAUGUCAGAGAAGCCCUCGAGAGUGGUCUGAUGAAGUUACAGAACUUACCAAAAGUAUGGAACUGGGGAGAUGAUGGCUCUGAGGAAUAUCCAGUGUACGAUAGAAGAAUCCACUUUAUCAUGCCUUUGUCCGGUAGACAAGAAACUUUUGGAAGAUUUAUGAAAAACUACGAAGAUAUCGUACUGAAGACUAACGAGGCUGUGUCGCUAAUAGUUGUAGUGUACCUAGAUACUAGUAAUCCUCUAGACUAUAAAAGCACUGAGGAUUUAGUCAACUUCUAUGUAAAUACGUAUGGUAAAGAUAUCAGGACAGUGCUCAUGGGUACGGAGACUUUCUCACGAGGUGCAGCAUUGACGGAAGGACUUAAACUCUGUUCGCCUGACGAUUUAGUUUUCUUUAUCGACGUAGAUAUGAUGUUUAAUUUUGAUACUCUCAGAAGAAUCAGGAUACACACUAUCAAGUAUCAUCAAGUAUAUUUCCCAGUGGUGUUCAGUGAGUACAAUACUGAAGUGGUUAAUGGUGAUGAUUAUAAUAAACUAUUGGGAGAUAAAAUCGAAGAAGAACCUACCUUGGAUGAUAUGGAAGAUGAAGAAGAGCCAGUUGAAGAAGUAGAAAAAACUGAAAAGGAAUUGAUCAAUCAAAAGUAUACCAAAGAAAUAACUAACGACAACGGUUAUUUCAGACAGUAUGGUUUCGGUAUCUUAGCUAUAUACAAAUGUGAUUUUGAACGUGUUGGAGGAUUUGAUUUAAAAAUCAAAGGUUGGGGAAUGGAAGAUGUUGAAAUGUUCGAAACUUUGAUAAAAUCUAAUUUAACUGUAUUAAGGGUAGCAGAUGAGAGUCUUGUUCAUAUAUUCCAUUCUGUGAAUUGUGACAAAACUUUAGAGAGACCACAAUUUUUGAUGUGUCUUGGCACAAAAGCUUCUACGUAUGGGAGCGAACAGCAAAUGAUUAAUUAUAUGAUAAAUCAUCCGGAAGUGAUGUGGCCUCCGGAACAGGCUCUUAAAGAAAUGGAGAGAAAAAUAGAAGAAGAAAAGAAGGCUGAGGAAGCAAGGAAGGCAGAAGAACAGAAGAAGUUUGAAGCUGAAAAAAAGGCGGAGGCGGAUAAAGCUAAAGCUGAGGCAGAAAAAAAGGCUGAGGCGGACAAGAAAGCUGAGGCUGACAAAAAAGCUGAGGCUGACAAAAAAGCUGAGGCUGACAAAAAAUCCGAAACAGAAAAGAAAACGUCAGAAGAGAAAAACGGUGCUAGAUAGUACAGGGUUUAAUAUACGGAGUAGAUAUUCGGUGCAAAAGAACUAAGUAAUUAAUGAUUUGUAUAAAUAUGAGUACGAAUUCUAGUAUUUUUUAAUGUUUUUGUUGUCCUUUUCUGUACAUUUAUUAAGAAAAGGUAGUCCUACUUGUGGUAAGAUAUAAAUUAUAAAAGAUUUUAUAAUUUUUGUCUUAAAUUAGGAUGUUAGUUAGAGCGGUACUUGACGCAAAAUAAAUUAAAAUUUCGAUUACGAACGAUUACUGUAACUUGUGAUUUAGUAUUAAGAUACAUUUUGUGUAUAAAUAAAAUUUCUUGAAGCUAUUUAUCUCGCAGUUCUUUAUCUUGCGUCAAAUUAAAUUAUUCUUUGUAUAACUAUUUUAUCCUAUUCUCUCAAAUGAUUCCAUAUUUGUAAUGAUGCAUUUAUUUCUAUUCUAUUUAACUUUAACUUAGUACGAUUUACUUAUUUAUGAACUCUAAUCAAUUAUUUUACACUCCUGUUAAUAUCCUUUUUACAAUUUAUUGGAACAAGAAUAUCACAAUACUACCUAGAAUAUAGGAGGUAUACAAUUUAUCCUAUUUAUGUCCAUUGUAUCAUAGAUGUGUAUUACUUUUUAAUGCAAGACAUAUUUUUCCUACAAAUAGUACCUCACUAAAGUAUAGCGGUAAGUUAUUAAAUGGAAUUGUUUUAUAAAUAAUAUGAAUUUCAUGUACAAAGUGACGGUACAUUUUGGUGCGCAAAACGUUAUACAUUUACUUUAAAAAGAAGUAUAAUAAUUUUGUUCCUAUUAAAACAAAAAAAGUCGGUUAAUAAAUGCUAAUUUCAUUUGGUUUGUAAAAAUGAUGUGUUUGAUCGGUGUAGAUAAGACAGAAUGUGUAUUCUGUGUUCGUAUCCAAUAUUUAUAAUGUUAAUCUUCUCUAUUAUUUUAGUCCAAAAACUAUUGUUAUUCAAAUGUACGUAUAUUUUAAAUGACAGACCUUUGGUGAAUUACCUAUUAAUUAUUUUCAUGGUAAAACUUACAAGUUGAGACAACAGAGGGCUUCGUACAAGUUUUACGUUUAACGAGACCGAAACGAGACCGCGUUCAGUUCUCUGAUUGGUUGGUUCACGGGAGCCGGCCAAUCACAGCGCCGAACGCGGUCUCGUUUUGAUCUCGUUCUACGUAAAAUAAACUCGUAUUGAGCCUCGGUCGUCUCGUUAAUGAAGUGACAUGUAAAUUGUACAAUUUGUCAUACCUGCGGUAAAAAGGCUAUAAAGGGCAAAUACCUAAUUUAAAAAUGAGUUAAAGAACGUUUGCUUUCUAUAGCCUUAUGUAUUUAAAACCAUGAAACAAACAGUAAAAAGUAUAUAAAGAAACAUGAAAUACGUAUGUAAAGAAUAUAUAAUUGGCUGGCCAAUAUUGUACGCUAGCGGUAAUAUCACUCGUAAUACAUUAGUAUUAAACAUCUAAUUCUAAUAAGACCUAUACAGGUCGAGUUAGGGCUUACACAAGUCACAGAAUAGCAUAAUAAUCUAGUUUAAUUAGUGUCAAGUCACUGCCAAGUUCCAAUAAGGUCCUUUUUACAUGCUCCGUAUAGAUACUUUUAAUCGGCGUAUAUGUGAAUUGGAAUUUCGACUUUAUAUCAAGACAGUAAAGUUGGAAAUCGAAUACAUAAAUUUGACAAAAACGAGUAAGUUAGCUUGUACCCUUAGUAUGAGUUUGCUUUACGUCGAACGAAAACGAAACGAGAGCGCGUUCAGCGUUUUGAUUGGCUGACUCGAAUGGACCAACCAAUCAGAGCGGCGAACGCGUUCUCGUUUCGUUUACGAUACUGCUGACUUUCUGAGCGUGUACAAAGGCACCGAAUUUCAGCUUCAAGUAAAUCCUAUCCUUUUGUAAAUUAUUUUCUUCCAGUCAUUAACUGUCCAUGUCAUGCAGAAUACUCGAAAACUUUGGUUGUGACAAGCUUAUUUAUCGAAAAUGUUAUGAAUAAGCUCUUUGUUCGGAAUAGGCAAUACCACUUAAUGGCAAUAUUACUUACUUUGUUAUAAAUUAAGGAGGAAUAUUGAGUGUGACGUAGCGAUGCCAGGUACUCACAUAAAAAGUUAAACUUUAAGUUAUAAUUCGUCUAAGACUAAGGUACUAAAUAUGGAAAUUCUUGAAUUAUUAUUGAAAUCAGUAGACACAUAACGCAUUGAACACUCAUCUUCAGCCAUUUUGGGCUCAAAAGUGUGAUUUUAAUGCGUUGUCUGUCUGUCUGUCUGUUUGUUCGACGCUUGGCAUCAUACCACAGAGAUUCAUCUUCGAUUCCAACCCAGUGCUAUCAUAAUAUGUAAAACUAAGUAUUAUUUUUAAAUAAAUGUAAAUAAUCAUGUACAUUGUUAUUAUUGUGCUCACUAAGUGCCAAUUCCUAGUAUUUUAAGUAGAACAAUGAAGUAAAAUCGAAACGUAUGUCGUAUGUAUGUAUGUAUGUAUGUAUAUUGAAAUAAUUUCAUGUUGAUAUUAUAAUAAAUGAACAAUUUUGAAAUUGCAUUGUGAUUUGAAAGUGAUGAAAUUAAUUGAAAUAGUAUCGAAAAUAAAUUUAUUUUGUGAUGAUAUA